AUGUCGUCAACUACCAUCCGUCCCGUUACUAAGGAAGACGAGGCCAAGUGGCGAGAGUACUGGGCGGCCUACAACGAAUUCUACAAGCGCACUAUCUCGGAGGAGGUUACGGCAACGACGUUCUCGCGGUUCCUGGACGACAACGUGCAGAUGUUCUGCGCCGUGGCUGAGGACGAGUCGUCCAGGCAGAUCAUCGGCUUCGCGACCUGGUUCCCGCACAUGUCGACCUCGAAAAUCAACGGCGUUGUGUACCUGAACGAUCUAUUUGUGGACCCGAACAUCCGCUCCAAGGGCGUGGGCGGCAAGCUGAUCGACCACGUCUACGACCACGCCAAAAACGUGCUCGGGGCCGAGUCGGUGUACUGGCUCACCCAGCACUUCAACCACAGGGCUCAGCUGCUGUAUGUCAAGAAGGCAACCAAGUCCGAUUUUGUGCAUUAUUCGAAGAAUCUAUGA